UGAAAACAAUGCAGCAAAUCGAGACGAUGAAUGUGAAACUCAAACCUGUUGAAUUAAAAUCCUGAGUAAAAUAGUAGCCAGCUUCACAUAUUGCAAAGAUGGUUAAAACAGAAACUGGGACCACCAAAAGGUUACCAAGACACCUGAGACAUGAGGACAUUCCUUCCCACACAUUUACUCCCAGGACUUACCAGGUGGAACUCCUUGAUGCAGCAUUGCAGAGGAACACUAUUGUUUGUCUGGGAUCAAGUGCAGGGAACACAUUUAUUUCUGUGAUGCUUUUAAAAGAGUUUUCCAGUGAGCUUAGAAAAGAACUACAAAAUGAAGGAAAAAGAAGUGUAGUCUGUCUUAGCUCAAAUGAUGCUAUUCAAGAAAUGUCACAAGUCAUCAAACAUCACAGUGAUCUUGGUGUAGUCCCAUUACCAGAAAUGUUAGAAGACAAGUCCAAAUUAAGGAAACUGCUUAAUGACCAUCAAAUACUGGUAACAAAGCCAUCAGUGUUCAAAGAUUUACUGCUGCAAAAUAUCCUACUGCCAGCUCAACUCAGUCUAGUCAUCUUAGAAAACUGUCACCUUAUUCUCCAAGAAGACCAUCCCUACCAAAGCAUUAUGAAAAAGAUAAAUGACAGUGUCCCAAAAUCAUCUUCCCCAAGAAUCCUCGGGCUGACUUCUUCAUUCAUAAGUCAAAAAUGUCAAGAUCCAGGGGAGCUGGAAAGCAUCAUUAAGUCAUUAGAAGACGGUCUUUGUGCCAGGGCAGAGACGGCCACGCUAGUUAUAGCAGAGAGGUAUGGGAUUCGACCCAAGGAGAAUCUGACAUACUGUGAUAACUACGAAGAUGAGACCGGCACUCUGACAAUGUUAGAUGAUGUGUUAACUAAUGCGCUGGACUUUCUGAAGGAGUGUAACAUGGAAGAUGAAGAGGAUGAUGACCGUGAUCCUAAAGACAUUCCUAUAUUUGUCUUCACCGAAUGUCUUAAUAUUCUUUACACAUUAGGCCCAUGGUGUGCAUCCUGCAUAGCAAGCAUGUUCAUCAACCAGAUAGAAAAGGUGGAUAAACAUGAAACAGUUCCAAUCCAUAAGAAAUUCUUGAGAUAUUGUUUGACACAGUUAAGAAUAGUGAACACUUUGUUUGAACAAAACUUUACACCUAAUUAUGAUGUAGAAGAAUUGUUACAGUAUUCCACACCUAGAGUUUAUGAAUUGAUUAAUCAUUUACGUAAAUACAAGCCAGAGUAUGAUUUCAUGAUUGUGAGUAGUGGGGGUGACAUGGACGGGUUUAUGGGAGGUGGGGAGGAGGGGGGUCGGGACGGAGACAGUGAGGAUGAUGAAUCAGAGAUGUCUGAUGAUUCGAUGAUAAUGUCGGAUGAGGAAACAUCUGAUAGGUCAUACAAAGGAAACGUUCUCCAUAUUGCUGUUAAAAGGGAACUUGAUAGUGAGAGCCAGCAAAAAACUUUAGAUCCUUUGAAUUUGGACAAUGAAAAAUACCUGUGUGGCAUUGUCUUCGUUGAUCAUCGCUAUGUCGCCUUGGCCAUCAAUAAAUUCUUAGAAGAAGUGUGUUCCUGGGAUGAAAAUCUAUGUUUUGUGAAGAGUCAGCAUUUAACUGGUCAAGGGUUGAAAGACAAGAAAUCCAAGAAAGGGGGCUGGAAGAAACAAGAGGAAGUUCUGAGGAAAUUCAGGCUACAAGAUUUGAAUUUGUUAGUUUCCACAACAGUUUUGGAGGAUGGAAUAGAUGUUCCCAAAUGUAACCUCAUUGUGAAGUUUGACCCUCCUCGAACUUACAAGUCAUACAGUCAAUCUAAGGGACGAGCUAGGGCUAGAGAUUCGGAGUAUGUUAUUCUGGUUGAGGAGAACAGAAGAGAGGCCUUUAUAAAGGAUUAUAAUGUGUUCAAAGGAAUAGAGAGUGUGUUGGUAGGCAGGAGGAAUGAGGGUGAGGAGUUAGAGGAUGAAGAUCAUCCUUGUGAGGAAUUAUCCUCAUUGUUACUUCCAUACAUUCCAAACGCUGAUAAUCCUCAAAUCUGUGUUACUAUGGAUACAGCUAUUGCUUUUGUCAACAGGUAUUGUGCGAAGUUACCCAGUGAUGCCUUCACCCACCUGACACCAAAGUGUUCAAUGCUGGAGACCCUAGGGGAGGAGGGAACCUUUUACACUGCCACCCUGAGUCUCCCCAUUAACUCCCCUUACAAACACCCCAUCCAGGGAGAACCAAUGCCGACAAAGAAUCUUGCCAAGAGAGCUGUGGCUCUGAAGCUGUGUGAAUGUUUACACAAAGCAGGUGAGCUGGAUGAUCAGCUGAAUCCUGUGGGUAAGGAAGUGUUCAGCCUGGAGGAGGAGGAGGAGAUGUCAGAGGUGGAAGAUGGGGAAGAUUUCAGUGGGGAGGGAAGACCAGGCACCACCAAGAGAAAGCAGUACUACUUUAAGAAGUUAGCUUCCUCAUUAUUAAAAAGUCAUCCCACAACAGAGAAACGCAUCUUGUACAGUAUAACACUGAAUCUGAGCAAACCCAUCUCUGAUGAACAAAACACUCGGGGUCGGAAAAUUUGUGCCCCUGAGGAAACUUCAAGAGGGUUUGGAAUUCUUACAUCUAAACAGAUUCCUCAGGUACCAACAUUUCCUGUAUAUACAAGAUCAGGGGAGGUAACUGCUUCCAUUGACCUCCUCAGCAGUUAUGUCCCUUUGUCUGAGGAGGAGUUGAGGAGAUUGAGGGAGUUCCACAGGUUCACAUUCACCAAUGUCCUUCGUCUGGAGAAAGAUCCAAUGGAGUUUUGUCCUGAGGAAAGUGAACUAGGAUACCUCAUUGUUCCACUCAAUAAAGAAGAUGAGAGCAAGGUAAUCAUUGACUGGGAUUUUGUGAAAGAAGUGGAAGACUCCAAAUCCCACAUCAGAAGGAAUAUAUAUGAUUCAAAGAGAGAACAAUUUAUUUUUUCCAAAGAAAGCUAUGAGGAUGCAGUGGUGAUGCCCUCUUACCGCAAUGUGGACCAACCCCAGCAUUUUUACGUCGCUGAAAUCAGGGCCGACCUCAAUCCAUCCUCCCCAUUCCCUUCCCCCGAGUUGUACAAGACAUUCAGUGCCUAUUACACAACCAAGUAUGGAUUGACCAUUACCAAUCAGGAUCAGCCAUUGUUGGAUGUGGACCACACUUCUGCCAGGUUAAACCUACUCACUCCGAGGUACAUGAAUCAGAAGGGAGUAGCCUUGCCUACGAGCAGUGCAGAAACUAAAAAAGCAAGGAGAGAGAAUCUACAACAAAAACAAAUUCUUGUCCCAGAACUAUGUGAAAUCCAUGUCUUCCCUGCAUCACUGUGGAGGAAAGCUGUGUGCUUGCCUACCAUUUUGUACAGGUUGAACUACCUGCUUGUGGCCGAUGAAAUCCGUGUCAAAAUUGCAGAGGGUACUGGUAUAGGAAUGGUCAAGUUGGAGGAGGGCUUCAGAUUUCAGCCAUUGGAUUUUGGAUUUGAUCCCAAGGAAGAAAUGGAAGAGGGGGAAGGCAGCAAUGGAGCAAUGAACAAUGAUGUGAACAAUGACUCUGAUGAAAUGGAAGAUGAUCUUGUUAAAGAAAAAACAAUGAAUGGUUGUGAUUCACAAACUUCUAGUCAUAUUGAUUGUGAUAGCACAGGGUUGUUCUCUUCAGAGAAAGAGGGUGAUACAAAGAAAGCAAGCUGUGAUACAAAGCAAAAUAUCAAUGCAGCAUUCCAAAAUGAAAAGGCAGCUAAUGACAACUGUGAUAUUCAGAAUAAUAUGUCUGAUAACUCAAAACAUGGCAAAAAUGGAUUUUUGAAAAAUAAUGAAGAAUGGGGCAAAACUUUGCAGGAUCAAAGUUCUUGUAAAUGUUGGGAUAAAGUUCAGAUAUCAGAUAAAUCACUUAAUGAACUGACAGCAGAAUUAAAUGAAAUGAAUAUACAUAUCACAAAUAGUCCAUCGAAGAACAAUCCACACAAACCCAUUCUGACAGACUUUCCAGAUGUAGGGGUUUUCCAACUUUCAGAGAAGCAGAGCAAAGUUUCUCCAAAGACAGAAGAUUCCAAUGUGGAUGUGAAUUUUCCAGUCCUUUCUAUUUCUCUAGAUGAGGAGGUGGAUUUGAGUACAUUUGUGGGACCAAGUCCCUGUACCAUAUUACAAGCUCUAACCAUGUCCAAUGCAAAUGACUUUUUCAGCUUGGAAAGAUUGGAGACAAUUGGAGAUUCCUUUCUGAAGUAUGCUAUUACUGUGUACUUAUACUGUACUUAUCCAGGCAUUCAUGAAGGAAAACUGAGUUACUUGAGGAGUAAGCAAGUCAGUAAUUGUAACUUGUACAGACUUGGUAAAAGAAAAGGAUUUGCAGAGUGCAUGAUUUCCACCAAGUUUGAACCUUAUGAAAAUUGGCUGCCUUCAGGCUAUGUCAUCAACGACGAUAAGAGAAAAGGCCCAGUCCCAAAAGUCCUGCUGAUCCGAAACGACCUUGGCCAGCUAGAAAAGGUCAAGGAAAGCAGCAUCAUUGAGUCUUACUGUCAGGAAAAUGCCACCAUGAACUGGGUCCCCAAACUUGGAGAUGUGACAGAUGAUCCAAAUAGUAAGACAGUGGGAGGAGGGCUUAAAUCUGAAGAUGGUGGUAGAAAUCCUUCCAUUGAGGACGAGGAGGAGUUUGAGAGCCAGCUGAGGGAGUUGGAGGCUUUACCUGAGAGGGUGAGGCAGGAGGAGAGGGACCAGGUGGUUAUCCCCUACAAUCUACAGACCCUCCACAGCAUCCCCGACAAGAGUAUCGCCGACUGUGUAGAGUCUCUCAUUGGAUGCUAUCUCACCUCAUGUGGUAAGAAAGCCGUGCUCAAGUUCAUGCACUGGCUGGGAUUGAAAGUUCUGCCUCAGAAGAAAAAGGGAUCCAAUGAAGAGGCAGAGUUGCUGAGUCUGCAGUGUCCAGAAUCUCCAUUAUUAACUCAUGUGCCUGGUUAUAACUCAAUUCUGUGUCGUCUGCUAGAGGGAUAUGAUAUGUUGGAGCAGAAGAUAGGAUAUGAAUUUAAAGAUAAAUCGUACCUUCUGCAAGCCUUUACACAUGCUUCUUACCACUACAACACAGUCACUGACUGCUAUCAAAGGUUGGAAUUUCUUGGUGAUGCUAUUUUGGAUUACGUCAUCACUCGACAUUUAUAUGAAGACUCCUGUAAAUACUCACCGGGUGUGCUCACUGACCUGAGGUCAGCACUGGUCAACAACAACAUAUUUGCUGCCCUGGCGGUCAAGUGGGACUUCCAUAAGUACUUCAAGGCCAUCUCUCCCCCUCUGUUUGGAGUCAUGGAGAAAUUUGUGGCCAGACAGAAAGAACGGGAAGAUGAAAUUGAUCUCAGUGAUGAUGAGGGUGAAGGAGAAGAUGAGGAACAUGUGGAACUAGAGGUACCUAAAGCUCUGGGGGAUAUUUUUGAGUCAUUAGCGGGAGCCAUCUACCUGGAUAGUGGAAUGUCCUUAGAUACAGUGUGGAGAGUUUACUAUCGCAUCAUGAAACCCCAGAUAGACAAGUACCUGAAAAGUAUUCCCAAGUCUCCUGUCCGUGAAUUGUUGGAGAUGGAACCAGAAACAGCUAAGUUUGAAAAACCAGAGAGGACAUUAGAGGGCAAGAUUAGAGUGACAGUCAAUGUGGUAACCAAGGGAGUGUUUACAGGGGUGGGUAGAAACUACAGGAUCGCUAAAAGUGCCGCGGCGAAGAAAGCCUUGCGAUCUAUCCGGGCCAUGCAGGCUGGCGGGCUCAUCUAAAAAUAGAAUUAUUGGUGCUUGAUAUACA